AACUAAGGAGGAAUUUGCCUGUUGUAUGGAAAUUCCAACAAAAAACAAUCCAAAGCAUACGGGAAAGUUGACACAAAAGUUUUUUGUUGAAAAUACCAUGAAUGGUUUGGAGUGGCCUGAAGAGAACGCAUCUCAGUUGUUGUCAAAAAAGUUGCAGGUWCCAAAAAUAUCACAAAUAUGGAUGCCCUUUUUGAUGAAAUUAGGACGGCAUGGCAAGCAACACUCGUGCUGCGCUAUCAGAGUCUUAUAACGAUGUGAUGCAGAAUUAAAGURAAAGGGUUAAGUAACAAAAUAUUAACUGAAACUGUCAACAGCUGCAUGUACAGGUAUGUAACUUACCAAUGCGUUAUCUACAUCGUGCGUUAUUUAGUACAAGGCGGAAAGUCACCCAAACACCAGUACACAUGUUCCAUUUAUCUCAUACGUGAAUUUAUGAUCAGCGUUGGCAAUCCAACGUACGAAAGGUCCUCACUGAUGAUUUCGACUGUUUGAUACGAUUUUUGAGUCAUUGUGUUUUCAAUAACGAAACAGCAAGAACUUUUAUCUCCAACUAUCUACCUCUAUAAAUACCGGUAGUUCCUCAGACUGUACGGUAGUAUUUAUCGAUAUGUCGUCUUGCUUAUUAUGGUACCUAGCGGCACUGCUGCUUUGCGCCUUUGGCGAUACUGCCAUCGAAACAGUUGAUUGGUGGGAGUCCGCCACCCUAUAUCAGAUUUAUCCGCGUUCCUUUAUGGACAGCGAUGGCGAUGGUAUAGGCGAUUUGAAUGGCAUCACCUCACGUCUGGCGUUUUUUAAGGAAAUUGGUGUAACAGCAACCUGGAUUUCGCCCAUAUAUGAUUCACCGAUGGCUGAUAUGGGCUAUGACGUCGCGAAUUUUACGAAAAUUUCUUCAAUUUUCGGCACAAUGGAGGAUUUCGAUAAUUUYUUGGCUAAGGCGCAUGAAUUGGGCUUGAAGGUGAUCCUAGAUUUCGUGCCAAAUCAUUCAAGCGAUGACUGUGAGUGGUUUCAGAAAUCGGUUCGUCGCGAAGAUGGCUAUGAUGAUUGGUAUGUGUGGUCUGAUGGCCAAAUUAAUUCAGAGACGGGCGAGCGUUCACCCCCAAGCAAUUGGGAGUCAGUUUUCGGUGGAUCUGCGUGGACCUGGGUUGAAGAGCGCCAACAGUAUUAUUUGCAUCAGUUUCUCGCGAAGCAAGUGGAUUUUAACUUCACUAAUCCCGCGGUGCGUCAGCGUAUGAUAAAAGUGAUGAAAUUUUGGCUCGAUCGAGGUGUAGAYGGUUUUCGCAUGGAUGCCACGAACUAUUUGGUUGAAAAACGUUUCGAAAAUGGUACAUUUCCAGAUGAACCCCCCAGCGGUGAUAAURCAACUGGCCUCAACCACAUCUAUACCAGGGAGCUAUGGGAAAAUACAGAAAUUAUAUACGAGUGGCGCGAAUUUCUAGACGAAUAUCAGAGAAUUAAUGGUGGAGAUACAAGAGCUAUGAUUAUCGAGGCGUAUUCUCCUGUUGACGUUCUGAGUAAUUAGAUUUCUAAUGGCACCAAUGUCGGUGGUCAGAUGCCAAUGAAUUUUAAUUUUGUGGAACUUGACGAAGACUCCAAUGCGGAGACCAUUGAAACUCWAGCUAAUGACUGGAUGGAUAUCAUUUGGGUCAAACACAAAAUGGCCAAUUGGGUGGCAAACAAUCAUGACAACAGUCGCUUACCAACACGUAUGGGUGAGAGCAAAGCGGAUGCGAUGACUAUGAUAAUACAUGGACUACCCGGUACAUCGGUUACUUAUUACGGCGAAGAGAUCGGAAUGCCUGAUGGAGAAACCGAUUGCGCCGACGACUCUUGCGACUUUCGUGAUCCAGAACGCACACCGAUGCAGUGGAACGGAUCGAAAAAUGCCGGCUUCAGCACAGGAAACUCAACUUGGUUGCCCGUCAAUCCCAAUUACAAAUACUUAAAUGUACAAGUUCAACGAGGAGUGGCGCGUAGCAGCUUGCAGAUAUUCAAGGGUAUGACGGCGCUGAAGAAAACGGCUGCCUUUAAGGCGUUCAAGGAAGAGGGCGGUUUUUCUUAUGGCGCUCUGUCAAAGCAGGUUUUCCAGAUUGUGAGAACCGCGGUCAAGCGUGAGGAAUAUCGUGUGCUUGCCAAUUUAGGCAACCAACUUGAAUAUUUCGAUGGUUUGGCUAACAAAACAAUGGAGUACGUUUUGCUUAACUCUUAUUCACCACACAGAUACGGUGACAAGAUUGAUUUAAGCGGAAAAAUGUAUUUAAUGCCUUAUGAGGCGGUUGUCCUACGCUGGACGGCAUAAGCGAUUUGCCUGUAAAUUUACAUACCAUUAAGUGUUUAUGAACUAGUAGUACUUUUAAUAAUGA